CCAAUGCCAUCUUCCUGCCAUUUUCGUACUUGCCGCCAAAAUUCGAACGUGUCGACACCUAGCGCUGGUGGUCUCAAGUAGAGCCGGGUUCGCAGUGCCAUCCACCGGUCGACCGGUGAUACGGUCGAUUUUCUGCACGCAUUGCUCGCAUCAUGGAGUCUGGAAAAGUUAAUUUUCUCAUUAAAACUAUGGUCGAGAGGGACCCACAAAAACGAAAGGUCAAGCCUGUGCAAAAUCCUUUGUUAGAUUUCGAUCUAGGAGAAAGCUCGGACGACAGCGACUUUCGUAUUGAGGAUCACAACGAUUCUGGUGACGAUUCGAUCAAUUCAAAUGACGACGAAGAUGAUGCAAAUGAGUCCGAAGAAGAAAGUGACUCUGAUGCCAAAGAAGGCGAUGAAGCAGGUCUGGGCAUCGACGGCAGCUUGGCUGAGAGCCCUCUCAGCGGUGCCCAACUGCUGGCCAAAGCGGAACAGCAAAAAGUUCCGUCAAUGGACUACAAGAAAAUCAUGGUGUGUUGUGCGUGUCUCGGUGACAGAAGUGACAAUGUGAACGAGAUAGUUGAGUGCGACAGUUGCGGCGUUACGGUUCAUGAAGCGUGCUAUGGUGUGUCAGACACAAACAGUGUUUCCAGCACUGCCUCCUCCUGUUCUACGGAACCUUGGUUCUGUGAAGCGUGUAAAGCUGGCGUCACCGACCCUUGCUGCGAGUUGUGUCCCAACAGAGGUGGAAUAUUUAAAGAAACUGAUGUAGGAAAGUGGGCUCACCUGGUCUGCGCGCUUUAUGUGCCAGGGGUGGCUUUCGGCGAGGUCGACAAAUUGUCGAAUGUCACUUUGUUUGAGUUGGCCUACACAAAAUGGGGUGCUAAAUCAUGCACUCUUUGCACAGACGAGCGGUUUGUGCGCACUGGAAUUACCAUAGGUUGUGACGCGGGCAUGUGUCGUGAAAACUUCCAUGUUACCUGUGCGCAGCGGGAAGGUCUCUUAGCUGAGGCUCAUAGUGACGAGUUUGAGCACGCCGAUCCCUUUUAUGCACACUGCAAGCAGCACACAGACAAAUUCCUCAUGAGAAAGAGAAGGAGAAAUUGGCUAGCGGUGCAGAUGCGGAUGAGGCAGCGACAGAUGGACCUGGAUAGCAGACCGGAGGAGACUGUGGAACAAAGGCGGAUCAAGCGCAAGCUCUUAGGCCAGAGCCACAAGUACAAAGCUCAUAAGAAGAACAGACCAGUUCCCUGGGUGCCCACCCAAAAAAUGAGCAGACUCAUUACUACUAGUUUUUCGGCCUGCGUGGAUUUGUCGCGGAAAAGCGAAAAGAUGGGCAUCAACGUUGAAGUCCAAGAGACAGAGGAUUCUCAAAUUUCUUCCAUUCUAGAUGCUAGGAAAAAGUGGAACAUUACCCCCGCCUUUUCUGUGGAAUUUGUGGCCUACUACUUGGACAGAAACGCGCGAUUGGCUGGAUUACGAAGUCAACUUCAAGAACUGCUCAAAACCAAUAGCCAGUACACCGUACAAGAACAAGACGUCCAAGCCAAAUACAACAAACUUGAUUGUGAUCGCCAAAACCUGGUGAUUGAGAACGAGCAGCUUGUAGGAAACAUCCGGGCUCUGCGCCAGGCAAUUCUGAGCAUAUGCCCUGGCAAGAAACUACCUCCUGAUCCAUCAACCCUACUGGUCCAACCCCAGGUCCAACAGUCACCCAUUCGGAAAGAACCAACCAAAGCAAAAACAGUUAUGGCACCUGCGCAUCACAACGUGGCAUCUUCAUCUGUCGCAUUGUUUGAUUGCGGCGCGUGCCGCUCUACCAAGGACCAACACUUGCUGGCCAAAUGUGAUACUUGUAAGAAACAUUACCACCUUGGCUGUCUCAAUCCACCACUCACAAGAAUGCCCAAAAAGACCAAACUCAUGGGAUGGCAGUGCACUGAUUGUGAUAAACUCAGUUCGGGUUCUGAGCAAGAAUGCUUGGAUCCAGAGGCACCUCGAAAGCUCCGCCACAGCCAUGGAACGCCAAUUAAGGAGGAAAGCUUUAGCAAGCCCGUUACCAAGAAGAAGGCAGACCAACAAGUCUUUCUGGACAAUCCAACUCCGCUAGCCGUCCCAAAAGUGAAAAUCAACAAGAAACGCAAGCUGAAGCCUCACAAGCACAGAGAGCACGGGGAGAAGCAGCGGAAGGUGUCAUUCACUGAGAACAAUCACUUCCUCGAAGCUGAUCCUCAGCCCAUCAUUCCGCCUCCAAUGCUUGAGGAGCCAGUGAAAACUGAAAAAUCGGUGGUUGGUGAUGUUUGGUGCGAGCAGAAUGAACACAAGGAGAAGCAGCCAAAGCACCACAAAGAGCACAGUGGCAAGAAAAGGCGGAACCGCGAAGAAAAACUGAAGCAGCGUAAAGAGAAGGGGGACAAACCGAAAAAGAAGCACCGCAAGAAGAAGCGACUGGAUGGCGAAGUUGCUGGAGAAGAUCAGCCCAGAAUUAAAAUCACGAUCAAACCAAUCAUGCCUGGCCAGUACACGGCGCAGCUAAUGUCAACGCAGUUCGAGUCGACGUCGGACCCAAAGGUGGGCAUGGAGAACCACAGUGGCAGUCGGCGGGCGAGCUUCAAGCCUGAGCCUGACUUGCUGACACAGUGCGACAAGUGCAGCGGCCCCGGCAACAACAACGACCUGGUGCGGUGCGACGAGUGCAGAAAGUGCUUCCACUUCCACUGCCUCGAGCCGCCGCUGAAAAAGUCGCCCAAGCGACGGGGCUACUCGUGGCACUGUGCUGAUUGUGACCCUACGGACCUGGAAAAUUGACACAAUGCCUAGUCCGCUGUUAAUUCCGUGUCUAUUGAUAUUGUCAAACAGGUAUUCCACUGCUGAUAAUUGAUGUUCAGUAUUUCUUGAUAUUUGCCAAGAAGUGCGAGACUUCUCUCUUGUGGUUCUCACUUGAUUCGGACGAACGGAAGCCAGAAUAUGAGGAAUAUUUCCAUGUUGUUGCUCGGUUGCUCAUUUACAUUCUUUGAUCAUGUCAUGCAAAGUGAUAAAGAUAAAACUGUUCUGAAAAAUUGAAUGUAAUUUUCUAUUUUUGGUGUUGUUAAGCAUCAUCUCGUCUACUUUUUUAUAAAUUUUUUUCGACACUUCUGCGAGUGCAUUUUGUGUUUGUUUUGAGAAACCAACUCCUUGAAUUUUAUCAACAACUCACUUCUAGUUUGAAAUAAAUCUUUGCGCUGUGCAUCUUACCAUAUGAUCUGUACAUAAUGUAAGUACCUAUGAUUGUACAACUUUUGAUUGCAUUUUGUAGCUGUUGUCAAAUUUGAAUGAUUAAGAGUAACAAGACUUAAAUAUAAGUUAAAACUCGAAAAAU